UGCAGCUGGAGCGGUGGCGUUUGGAGGAGACUCGAAACUGGAUGGCUUCUACAGGGAGCCAGGCCUCUGAUAUAGACAAGAUUCUUGGAUACUUCAGUGAUGGCGCACCCCCCACCAAAAAGCCCAGGAAGCUGCUUCCAAGCUUAAAAACUAAGAAGCCGCGGGAACUUGUGCUGGUGAUCGGAACGGGCAUCAGCGCCGCGGUGGCACCGCAGGUUCCAGCCCUGAAGUCCUGGAAGGGCUUAAUUCAGGCCUUGCUGGAUGCCGCCAUUGACUUUGAUCUUCUAGAAGACGAGGAGAGCAGAAAAUUUCAGAAAUGUCUCCAUGAAGACAAAAACCUUGUCCACGUUGCCCAUGACCUUAUCCAGAAACUCUCUCCUCGAACUAGUAAUGUUCGAUCCACAUUUUUCAAGGACUGUUUAUAUGAAGUAUUUGAUGAUUUGGAGUCAAAGAUGGAAGAUUCUGGAAAACAGCUCCUUCAGUCAGUUCUCCACCUGAUGGAAAAUGGAGCCCUGGUAUUAACUACAAAUUUUGAUAAUCUCCUGGAACUGUAUGCAGCAGAUCAGGGAAAACAACUUGAAUCCCUUGACCUUACUGAUGAGAAAAAGGUUCUAGAGUGGGCUCAGGAGAAGCGGAAGCUGAGCGUCUUACACAUCCAUGGGGUCUACACCAACCCUAGUGGCAUUGUCCUCCAUCCAGCUGGGUAUCAGAAUGUGCUCAGGAACACUGAAGUUAUGAGAGAGAUUCAGAAACUCUAUGAAAACAAGUCAUUUCUUUUCCUGGGAUGUGGCUGGACUGUGGAUGACACCACUUUCCAAGCCCUUUUUCUGGAGGCUGUGAAGCAUAAAUCUGACUUAGAACAUUUCAUGCUGGUUCGGAGAGGAGAUGUGGAUGAGUUCAAGAAGCUUCGAGAAAACAUGCUGGACAAAGGAAUUAAGGUCAUCUCCUAUGGAAAUGAAUAUGCUGAUCUCCCAGAAUAUUUCAAGCGACUGACAUGUGAGAUCUCCACGAGGGGUAGAUCAGGGAUGGUGAGAGAAGGUCAGCUAAAUGGCUCCUCGGCGGCACACAGUGAAAUAAGAGACUGUAGAACAUGAGAGGGGGCUGGAGAGAUCAUCAGCAUUAGACCAAGGUGUCAGGCCCGACUGUGGAGAGUAUUUAACAAGUAAACUUAUUAAGAACCCAACACUGCUCCGUGGAAGUACCAAAACCCAGAGGUUGAAGGUUGGGGGUAGAGUUGGGAGUAGGGAGGUGUUCCAGCUCAGUCCUUCAUGCCCACUGGUUCUUGAUCUUCUGUGGCCUCUUCCAGUUCACGAAUCCCCAAGUGACAACGGGGCCCAGUGCUGCCCCCACCCCUGCGCUGGACAUGCCUGUGUCCACACACCAGAUCAGUGCGACACCUUCACUGACUGUGGCCCCAGCCCCGCAUGAAGGACUUGGGAGCUAGACACCGUGGGGUCACCGGGGCCCUUGUUGCAGUUUUGUACUCUAUACCUGGUUUUUCAAUUAAGCUUAAUGGCUUUUUUAAAACAUGACUUGAAGCUCUAGUUUUCUAGACCUUUUACAGUGUACAGUAUUUUACAUAACUGAGCUGUAUUAAAAGCUUGUUCAUUUACUUCCCAG